AUGGCUGCAAUUGGCUUGGCAAGGGAUGUGAAAGCUCGCAUGGCAUAUCGAGCAGACGUCAUUUUCCGGCGGCCCAUCCAUCCCUUUUUCUCUCGUCAAAUCGCAAAUUUCCUGUGCGUUUCUCUUCCUUCUUCCUCUGCCUACUUUUUCAGCAUCGUUCCCUUUCACUCCCUCUCUUCCGCCAUCUCCAACCUAAGCUCCCGUCAGACGGCGCUCGAGACACAAUCGGGCUCAUACGCCGAACCUGCUACAGCAAUGGUGGAGAAGAAGGGGAAGUCGAGGGAUGAAAUCACUCGGAGCCGAAAAACAGAUGGAGAUUUUCGGAACAAGAAGCGAAAGAGUUUCAGCUCGAGUAAGAAGAAGAAGAACAGAAAGGAGGAAGCUAACGGGAAGAGACCCAAACGCGGGCCCCGCCUGCCGAACGCUCUGCAGAAGGAGCUCAGUCUGUUGAGCCGCGCCGGGGAAGGAGAGCCGUCGGAUGGAGAUGAGGAUAUUGGUUCCGACGACGCCUUUGGCGAGGACGUGUAUGAGUAUGAAGAAGGUGUGCCGGAGGAGGAAUCGAUGAAGAACAGGCGGUUCGACCGUGUUGAAAACUACCAGUUUGAGCUUCCUAAGGAUUUUGAGGAUUGGAAAGUUGCAUCUGAUGAUGAUGGUGAUGAUGGGGAGGAUGAUGACGAUGAUAAACACAAAGGAGAUGAUGACGAGGAUCAAGAUGACGGAAGGCAUCAAAGGAUGCUGGAGGAGAUUACUGGACUACCCGGUGAUGCUUUCGGAGGUAAAAAGAAGAAAGACUUUAUUGUAUCCGAGGCAUAUCCGGAGUCUGAGUACAAUCCGAGCAGUGAUGUUCUGGAUGGUGAUGGCCGGAUUAGCAUUCAAGACCUUUUGGACCCUUUGAACGGAAAGUCGGGCUUCAGCAAGCUGAGGAAGAGCUUGAACCGGAUGGAGAAAAAGUCUGUUCCGACUCUCACACAACUUGCCAAGCCUGAUCAAGAGAGAUUGGAACGGAAGGCGGCUUACGAGCUAUCUAAGAAGGACAUUACCAAGUGGGAGCCUCUGGUUAAGAGGAACAGGGAGGCACCUACGUUGUAUUUUGAUGAAAAAGUGAACAUGGGAUAUUCGACUAUAGGGCAAAUUGCUUCCGAGUUUGAGCCAAGAACUGAUUUUGAAAAGAAAAUCAUGUCACUGGUCAACCAAAAGGAAGUGGUUGAUGCUUACAGGAACGAUGGUGCCAAGCUUCUUGAACUCAACAAGAUUUCUGUUGAAGAUGUGAAGGAUCGACAGGAAAGGCUUGCCAAGAUGCGUAGCCUUCUUUUUCGGCACGAGAUAAAGGCAAAACGGAUUAAGAAGAUAAAGUCCAAAACUUACCACCGGCUGUUGAAGAAGGACAAGAAAAAGGCAGCAGAAGCUGCUAUUCAGAUGGACCCAGAGGCUGCUAAGGAACUGGCAAUGAAGCAAGAGUUCAAAAGGGCAGAGGAACGUAUGACUUUAAAACACAAAAACAGCUCCAAAUGGGCUAAACGGAUAUUAAAACGCGGUCUUGAUGCCCAAGAUGAAGCCACCAGAGAAGCUUUUGGCGAGCAGCUUAAUCAACAUGCAGCUUUGACUAGAAAAAUGAAUUCUUUGAAAGAAAGCAGUAGCAGUGAUGAAAGCAGUGAUGGGGAUGACAGUGAUGACAUGUCGGGGGGUUCGGAUCGGGAUAUGUCGUCCAAACUGAUAGCAAAGGCCAAGGAGAAGACAAUUAAAAUAUUAGAAGGGGAUGAAGAACUACCCAAGUCGGGAGUGCUUUCUCUACCUUUCAUGGUUCGUGGAUUGCAAAAGAGAAGAGAAGCUGCUGAUGAGGAAGCUAAGCUUGCCCUUGAAGAUUAUGAGUCGUCUUUGAAGCAGAUACAAGGUCAAAAUGUAUCAGCAAAACAUGAAAAGAGUGCCUCAAGUGGUAGGAUGGUUUUUGGUGCUGCGAAGAAGGUGGUGGCUAACGAAACAAAAACUAAGGAAAAAAUAAACAACUUCUAUGAAAACAGUGAGAGUGAAAAUGAAGAUGAGAUCCAGGACGUUGAUGUUGGUGAACAUAAUCAAACUGAUAAAUCUCUUAGAGAAGUGGAGAUAGACCCUAAUGUACUCCGAGAGGAGUUGGACAUCGGUCAGGACUCUGUAUUUAAGAGCUUUGGAGGGGCUGAAGAUCCUGAGCCCAAGACAUCCUAUGAGGUGUCUUAUCUGGCUUCUGAUUCAUGGAAAAAGGUAAGCCGAUCACACAAUGAUGCUAAAAAACAGUCUGACGAAAGCAACACUAUCCGCAAGCCUAAAGUAACAACUGGAGCAAACGAAGAUGAUCAUGAUACAGAGGUAUUGUAUUGCCUUUUCUUAUGCAAAUUAAGCACGCCCCAUAGUCCCAAAUCGAAAAUGCAUAAAUUUGUUUUUCUCUUUCAGGAAAAUGAUGGCAGUGAUACCGAUAGUGGUGGGGAAAUGGUGGAUGGGAUUUUAUCUUCCGGUCAAAAAUCUGGUUAUGAACUUCCAUCUCAAGCUGAGCUCAUACAACGUGCUUUUGCUGGAGAUGAUGUUGAAGAUGAUUUUGACAAAGAUAAAGAAACUGUUCUAAAUGAAGAGAACCCGGAACCGGAAAAGCCAGUUUUGCUCCCCGGGUGGGGUCAGUGGACCCACGUACAGAAAAAGAAAGGACUGCCUUCUUGGAUGGUGGAAGAACACGAGACAGCGAAAAAUAAAAGGAUGGAGGCUCUCAAGAAGAGGAAGGAUGCACGACUUAAUCAUGUCAUCAUUUCAGAGAAGUUGGAUAAAAAGGCAGAAAAGCUUCACACAAAGACAUUGCCAUAUCCAUACACAUCAAAGGAAGUUUUUGAACAAAGUAUCCGGAUGCCGAUUGGACCUGAAUUUAACCCUGCCUCUGCUAAUGGUGCUCUUAUCCGGCCAGAGGUGGUUACGACGCCUGGUGUUAUAAUCAAGCCAAUCUCAUAUGAAGAUAUUAGCGUGCGAGAUAAAGCCGAGUUCCUUAAGUUCAGUGGCCAAAAACAAAGAAAGGGAAAAGGCAAGAAUCGACCAGCGAAAAAGUUGACCUCAAAGGCUUGA